AUGACAGUGGAUACAGCUGCUGUACCAGAAACUAAAAAAACUAAUCCUUCCAUCACGAAACGGGAUCGACGUGAUGUGAUACGACAGGUUCGUGAAAUUACUGGCCUCGAUGAUAAUUUUAUAAAUCAAACAAUAGAAGCAUGUAAAGAUAGUACUGGACGUUAUUCAUUAGAACAAGUUAUUAAUCUAUUAUUUGACGAUAAUCUUCGAAAUAAUCUUCAACAAUCGUCUUCACAAUCAACUAAUAAUAAUAAUAAUAAUAAUCAAUCUCAUUCUAAUUCAAAUGUACCUGUUCAAGCAACAGCUGCAGCAUUACCACCACAAACAUCUGAUAGAAAUCAUGGUGAUACAAUUACAGAUGAUGUUAUUGAAAUAUCACCAGAAAAUGAUAAUCAACAAACAAUUGAUGACGAUUUAGAACGUGCACUACAAUUAUCACGUGAAACAGUCGAACAAAUAAUUGAUGAAUCAGAUAUUGCUGAAAGAAAAUCACUGGAUGAACCAGUUGGAUUAAAAAAUAUUGGAAAUACUUGUUGGUUUAAUUCGAUUGUUCAAGCACUUUAUACAUUACCUUAUUUUCGUCAACUUAUAUUAAAUUUUCCACGUUCAGUUAUUAAUCGUGAACUAAAUGAAAGUGUAUGUUGA